AUAUUUAUCAAUUUUAACAAUUUUAAUCAACUUGUGAUUUAAUUGGUUUCCAAUAAAUCAGCUUGAUCGUACUACAAUUAACAUGAUGGUCUUUUCAUUUUCAAGAUAAGAAUCAGUUGAUUGCCAAGUAACUAAGAAAAAGAUUCCUUAUUUGUUGUUAUUGUUUUCUCCUUGUUUUGUUUUUGUUUACAAUCAAAUUUAAAUCGUUAUUAGAUGAUUAAUCUACUUUUACCAGUUAAAUCAGCUCUAUUUAAUUAUGUUCCAAUCACAACCACAUUGAUUAGUAAACGUUUCAUUGAGACAAUUAAAGUUGGUAUCAUUGGAUCAGGACCAGCGGGGUUUUAUACAGCUCAAGCUUUACUAAAGGAUAGUAGAAUCGAAAUAGACAUUUAUGAAAAGUAUCCAGUUCCAUUUGGACUAAUAAGAUUUGGAGUAGCUCCAGAUCAUCAAUCAGUAAAGAAUGUAAUCAAUUCUUUUACCAAUACUGCUCUUCAGAGUAGAGUUUCAUUCUAUGGUAAUAUAAACAUUGGUCAAGAUGUGACUUUACAACAAUUACUUAAAUCAUACAAUGCAAUUGUCCUUUGUUAUGGAGCAACUGAAGAUCGUAAAUUAAAUAUUAAAGGAGAGCAAUUGAUUAAUGUAUUACCUGCAAGACGAUUCGUUGGAUGGUACAAUGGUAUUCCCCAGGAUUCUGACCUAAAUCCUUUCUUACAGACUGAAGAUGUUGUCAUAAUAGGCCAUGGAAAUGUCGCUCUAGAUUGUGCGAGAAUUUUACUCUCACCCGUUGAUGAAAAUUUAAAGAAUACUGAUAUUACAAGUCAUGCAUUAGCUGCCCUGAGGGAAAGUAAAGUAAAAAGAGUCUAUCUUGUUGGAAGACGAGGACCACUUCAAGUGUCUUUUACCAUCAAAGAAUUAAGAGAAUUAACUAAAUUACCUAAUUGUGAUACUGUUGUUUUCUCUGAGGACUAAAACAUUACACCAGAAAUUAUUGAAAAACUUCCUCGUCCAAGGAAACGAUUAACUGAAUUAAUGGCGUCUUUAGCUAAUGAUAAACAAUUAACGAACAAUUCGAAGCGAUGUGUCCUCAUGUUUUGUCGAUCACCUCUUGAAAUUAUCGGUAAUAAGUCAGGCCAAGUUUCGUCUGUUAAUUUUGGUGUUAACGAAUUGAAACCAUCCGGAGACGAUGUAAAAGCCGUUUUAACCGAUGAACGAGAGAUCAUAAAUUGUGGCCUAUUUUUGCGAAGUAUCGGUUAUCGGGCUAUUUCCAUUGAUGAAAGUAUACCUUUGGAUGAGAAAACGGGAGUAAUAAGUAAUACGAACGGCAAAGUUACCGGUUUCGAUUUUGGUCUUUACUGUAGUGGUUGGGCCGCUACUGGAGCAACGGGAGUGAUUCUAGGUACUAUGAGUUCGAGCUUUGAGAUUGGUGAACAUAUUUUAAAUGAUUUAAAAUCAAAUGAAUCACAAUUAACUGAAAAACCAGGAGCGAAUGAAAUAAUUCCCCAUCUUAAAUCAAACGGAGUAAAAGUUGUUACCUUUAGUGAUUGGCAACGAAUCGAUGAAUUGGAAAAAAGUUUAGGUUCAAAUUUAGGUAAACCAAGAGAGAAAUUAAUUAAUCAACAAGAGAUGAUCAAAGCAAUUGUCGACGAUAAAAAGUGAAACACUUGGAUCACAAUCAACUAAUUGUUACUACUAUUGGUAUCUUUUUCCUUCCGAGACAAUUUCAAUUGGGAAUGAUAAUAAUACAUUUUAUCCAAUAUUAAUUUCAAAUUUAAUGACAAUAUAAGACUACGAUCAGUUAAUUGUUCAAAUUUGCGAGUAAAAUAUUAAAGGUACAAAAAAUUGGAAUAACAAUCAACGAAUCAAUUGUUACCAAUUGUCCAUUUCUAAAUUACAAUUAAAUCCAACGGUUAAAUUUUA